GGGUCAUAUCAAAAGCUGGAUCCCGGAAGAAGACCAUGGGAAAUAUAAUUUGAAGGAUUUCAAAAAGCUAAAAACGAUAGCAGGGGAAAUGGAAACGGAAACGGUAUCGAGUGGCAAGGUUGAGAUUGUGAAAAUAAGAAUGGAUAGAUACGAGCAUAAGAAAACAGGACAGCUUUUGCAUGUCUUGAUUCCUACUGACACAAUAGAGGAGAGUCGCUCUGUUCAUUCGGGUGGUGAUCGUGCGUGGAGUCACACAUAUCGUAGAAUUAAAACAGUUACUGAGUGGGGCCAAACAAAGCCUUUUAUCAGCUUUACUUUGGGAGAUUUUUACAUUGGGAAGAACAAUAUUGUUCGCCACAAUGGAGAGGGAGAUUUUGAUACGAAACAUAGAUCUGGAAGUCGCGGUGGCAAUGGGCGGAAGAAACAUGAAAGUCGCGGUGAUGGUUUGGAGGAGGAACAUGGACAUCUGGAUGGAGAUGAAAAGGAGCGUCAUCGAAGUCAACGAAAUCGUCUGCAUCGGAGAAGCGGCGAUUAUCAAGACAACAGAGGUACCUCUCGCGAUCGUCAAGAAGUUAUAGAUCCUCCACAAAGACAUAGAAGCCGCGCUCGUGAAACCUCUCGUGGAAACAGAAAUGAGAAUGGCAGAUCUAAAAAUGGAAGGGAUACUAAGCGCACCUCGAAAGAAAAAGGGCGUUCUCGUACACAUCAUACACAGAAUGACUCGGAGUCUGAAGACUCUAGUUCUGAGGCAGAAAUUUCUAUACACCCUGGAACAGAGGUGUCUACAAACCAGUCUGUAGAAGGAUAUAGGUCCAGUGAUGGCUCUGAACAAGGAGAAAUUUCAGAAGAUUCCACAGAGAUUGAUGUUCAUUCCGAACGUUCUCAAAAGCUGCUCACUUGGAAGGGUUCCCCCGUAGGAGGCUCUGUAAAACAUGAGUCCAGGGAUAGCUCUAAACGAGGAUCAUCUUCUCGAGGGUCGCUUAAUCAGAGCAAGGCUUCGUCAAAAGCUCAAUCUACGAGAGGAACGGGAUCUGUAACAUCUGCCCAAAGAACACCCACUAGGAGCAAGAACUCUUCAGUAGCUCAAUCCAUAAUUGAAGAACCGGGAUCACCCGGACAGACUGGUGCCAUACCUAAUCUCACGCUCCGGCUAACAAAACCAAACUUGAACCUUUUACGCCAAGAGGGGGAUUCCCAGGGUGGUCGUAGUUCGACCGCAGGGCCAGGUUCGGUAAGCCAAGACGGACAAAGCUCUGUUGAUUAUGAAGAAAGUGUGAGAUCAGAGAAAAGACGUCACCGCCGCCGUCGUGGCAGAUAGAAAGAUGCGGAUUCAUUUUGUUAGUUAAUCAUCUAUAUAGAUAUACAAUAGAGGUUUAAAUAAACUUUGAAAUAGCGGUUUUGAUUUGUUUGAUUUUUUGAUCA